AUCGAUAUCAAACGUACUAGUGUAUUGUUGUUUUCUUUGACUGAUUCAUUAACCGACUUUAUCAUAUAGUAUUGAUACCCACUCACCCGAUGCGUCCGAAAAAGCUAUAAAAAUGGAAAGCUCGUUCACACUCGAUGCUAUCGAUCCCGUUCUUCUGCCGUUUUUUAAAGAAACUGAUUUGAUUACGCGAAAAGGCACUGAUGGCCAAGUUACCGGAUCGAAAGCAAGAAGAGGAAAAGUAGGACGCUUUGUGGAUUUGUCGAUGGUAUUCGAAUUCGCAGGUAUGCCCGAACAAAUAUUGGUAAUUGUGGAAAUCAAGGCGCCUUCCAAGGUUGCUGACAGUAGCAGACCUGAUUUCAUAAAAAUGGCAAAUGAAAUGAAAGAUAGCAUCGAUAAUUUCAUUGAAGAAGGAUUCGAUGACGAUGAAAUUUUUGCUACUGGAAUUUUAGUGGAAGGCUUUAAAUGUACAGUUUUUGUGAUGGAUCUCAAAUACUAAGCGAUAUACCGUCUAAUGCCCCGUUGCAUUUUCUACUUGCCACAGUCACAGUACAACUUUAAUGUGCUUCCUGAAGCAUACGAAGCAAUGGUAGCAGUAAGAGUAAGUUGAAGCAGAACAUAUAUAUGAUCCAGUUUUAUCUUUCUUACUGAAAUUACUCCCCUACUCCUGCUAGCAAUGGAUGGUAUCAAAUGCAAGAAG